AUGAUUCUGGGAGGGACUGAGACCUCAUCCACGAUAAUAGAAUGGGCAAUGGCUGAACUACUGAGAAACCCUGGAUUGAUGAAGAAGACACAAGCAGAAAUCAGACAAGUAGUUUCCGACAACAAAGGAUGUAUCGACGAGACAACUCUUGAGAAUCUAAGGUAUCUUAAAGCAGUGAUCAAGGAAACUCUGAGACUGCAUCCUCCAGCUCCAUUUCUGAUCCCAAGAGAGUGCACACAGACUUGUGAGAUCAAUGGGUACACAAUACCCGUUGGAACACAAGUUCUUGUGAACGUUUGGGCCAUUGGGAGAGACCCUGAUUAUUGGAGCUUAGCAGAAGAGUUUUUGCCGGAUAGAUUCUUGAACCUUGCUAUAGAUUACAAAGGUUUCAACUUUGAGUACUUACCAUUUGGUUCUGGGAAGAGGAUAUGUCCUGGGAUGUUAUUUGGUGUGGCCAGUGUGGAGAUAGUUCUUGCUCACUUGCUUUGUCGUUUUGACUGGGAGCUUCCUUCUGGGACUAUUCCAGAAACCCUAGAUAUGACUGAAACUUUAGGCACCACCAUGAGAAGGAAAAAUCACCUGAUUUUAAUCCCCAAACGUUAUUAUAGUUAA